AUGUUUGUUGUAAACAAAAGUUUCAAACUAAAAAUUUUUAAUAAAUUUUUUUUUUGUUUUAUGUUAAUACAACUUUUUAUAAAGUGUGUCUUCUCUAUUAGCGAUGUAACAAAAAAAGCUUUACGACAUGAAGAUUUAAGAAUGGCUAGGCAUUUAAUAAGUCAAGGAAUACGUGUUACACAUCCAGAAUAUCCUUUUUUAAAAUUAGAAAGCAUUGAAAAAAAUAUUAACCAUCCAAAUAACCCAAAACUUCAUAAAGAAGAUUCAAGAAUGAUUAGACACCUGUCUAUGGAAGGUUUUACAGUAAAUUAA